AUAAACAUGAUUUUCUUAGAUGAGAUCUCUCUGUGUCUACUCUAAAUCGAGCUUCACAUUAACAUUAUACUGUGUUCUACAAUCUUCACAAUGGAAUUUAGUGUCAAGCUACGUAUAAAAGACAUAAACCCCCAUAUUGUCUGCUCACUAUGUAGUGGUUAUUUCGUGGAUGCAACAACAAUUACAGAGUGCCUUCAUACAUUUUGCAAAAGUUGCAUUGUGAAGUACUUACAAAGUAGUAAGUUUUGUCCACAAUGCAAUGUGAAGAUCCAUGAAACGCAUCCUCUAUCCAAUCUCAAGCCUGAUAAUGUAAUGCAAGAUAUUGUCUACAAACUUGUACCACAGCUCUUUGAAUCUGAAUCUCAUAGAAGAGAAGAGUUUGCAAAAGCUAGGGGUCUUAUUAAACAAGAACCUAAAGAAUGUGAGCGUGGAGAAGCCCUACUUCGCAGUGUGUAUGAUGACUAUCAGGGCCAUCUAUAUACUAAUGAUGAACAAAUCUCCCUUUGUCUCGAAAGGCUCAGGCCUGUUGUGGAGGAAGUCCCAGACACCUACAAAAUAGAGACACUUCCAAAGAAGUUUCUACGGUGUCCAUCCCGCGCACGUGUCUCUCAUCUUCGAAAAUUACUCAACAGAAAGUUGGGUGUGCCUCCUGGGUUACAGCUAAAUAUAAUGUGCAAUGAUGAGAACCUGGAGAAAGACAUUACACUGAAGCAGCUCUGGUUGAUGGAGUGGCAUGAAAAGGCAUUUCCAUUGUUAUUGGUGUACAAUGUUGUACCUGGAUGAACAGACUAGGAGAACAUGUAUCUGCUAUACCUG